AACAACUCUCUCUCUCGCCACAUAAGACUUUGAAUCCUCUGUACAUUCAAUUCAAUUCUCGGCCAUUAAUUCUCGAAAUUCAACCAAUCCCCGUACCUGGGUCUGUCUCAUUUCCCACUAAACCCCCUUAGGCUCUCCUUGGGUGAUUUGUCUUACCCAAUUACGUCUUGGUGAGCCGACGAAUUCUGGACCAAACCAUCAAAAUUAACCCAAUUAUCUGAUUUGGGUCUGUUUCCAUUCUCUCAAAACCUUCAAUUCUGCAAUUUUUCUUGGGAGACCCAUAUGGGUCCAAUGGACGAUGCAAAGAAGGAGGUGGUGAGUCAACUCGGUGAGCUGAUAAAAGACAUUUCUGGGUUACCCGAGUGCCGAAAUGUCUCGAAGGAACUGUACAGUGAUUUGGUCCGGAGAGUGAAGCUACUGAGCCCUCUGUUUGAGGAAUUGGAAGACAGAGAUGAAGAGCUCAGUGACGACGUCGUUUUAGGGCUUGAAGCUUUGAAGAUUGCUUUCAUUAGGGCCAUAGAGCUUCUUCGAUCGGUCAACGAAGGCAGCAAAAUUUUUCAGGCUCUGCAAAUGGACAAAAUUGCAGUAAAGUUCCGUCAACUGACAGAACAUAUUGAAGAAGCUCUGACCCAGAUUCCUUGUGAUAAACUCAAUAUCUCAGAGGAAGUGCGAGAACAGAUUGAACUUGUGCAUGUACAAUUUAAAAGAGCAAUGGGCAGGAUGCACUCACCUGAUUUGCAACUGGAAAUGGAUUUAGCUAUGGCACAAAAGGAAAAAGACCCUGACCUUUCCAUUCUGAAAAGGCUUUCGGAAAAGUUGCAUCUCAGGACUAUAAACGAUUUAAAGAGGGAGUCAAUUGCUAUCCACGAUAUGGUUAUAUCUAGUGAUGGAGUUCAAGAUCACUGCUUUGAGACCAUGUCAUUAAUCCUUAGGAAGCUAAAGGACUGUGUAGUGAUGGGAAACCCCAACUUUGAUGCCUCCGAGGAUGAAAAGGCCUUGAUUAAGCACAGGUCUCCGGUUAUCCCUGAUGAUUUUCGGUGUCCAAUAUCCCUUGAAUUGAUGAAAGAUCCUGUUAUUGUUUCUACUGGACAGACAUAUGAAAGGUCCUGCAUUCAGAAAUGGCUGGACGCAGGGCACAAGACUUGUCCCAAGACUCAGCAGACUCUUUUGCAUACAGCCUUAACACCUAACUACGUCUUGAAGAGUCUUAUUGCUUUGUGGUGUGAGAGUAAUGGUGUUGAGCUGCCAAAGAAACAAAACAAUUGUAGUAAUAGCAGAUCAGGAGCUGGUGGUUCAGACUGUGAUCGAGCUGCUAUUGAUGCCUUGUUACAAAAACUUGCAAAUGGUAAUUCAGAACAGCAAAGAGCAGCUGCCGGUGAGCUCCGUUUACUGGCAAAGAGAAAUGCGGAUAAUAGAGUCUGUAUUGCAGAGGCAGGAGCCAUUCCUCUGCUUGUAGAACUACUAUCAUCUACUGAUUCUCGGACCCAGGAGCACGCUGUUACGGCGCUUCUCAACCUUUCCAUACACGAGGCAAACAAGGGAAGUAUUGUAAAUGCAGGAGCUAUACCUGAUAUCGUAGAUGUGUUGAAAAAUGGCAGCAUGGAAGCAAGAGAGAAUGCUGCUGCAACCCUUUUUAGUUUAUCAGUGUUGGAUGAAAACAAGGUGGCAAUCGGAGCAGCAGGGGCUAUCCCAGCUCUUAUCAAUUUGCUCUGCCAGGGCACUCCAAGGGGAAAGAAGGAUGCAGCUACUGCAAUUUUUAAUCUCUCAAUAUAUCAGGGAAACAAGGUGAGAGCAUUAAAGGCGGGGAUCGUGGCACCACUGAUGGGAUUGCUGAAGGAUGCUGGUGGUGGAAUGAUGGAUGAGGCAUUAGCAAUACUGGCUAUACUUGCAAGCCAUCAAGAAGGUAAAGCAGCGAUUGGUCAGGCUGAGCCAAUGCCAGUACUGGUAGAGGUUAUAAGAACCGGUUCACCACGCAACCGGGAGAAUGCUGCCGCUCUAUUGUGGUCACUGUGUACAGGUGAUGUACAAUGUUUAAGAAUAGCUAAGGAGCUUGGGGCAGAAGAGGUAUUGAAGGAACUGUCGGAGAAUGGCACUGAUCGGGCCAAGAGAAAAGCAGCAAGCGUUUUAGAACUUCUCCAACAAGUUGAAGCAGUCUGUGUUUCAUGAUAUUCAGGUGAAACUUAGAUUUCUUCCUGAAGCUCUUGUAAGUCGUCAUAGUAGACCUCAGAAUAUUGUGCAGGAGUUUUGUUAUCCUCUUGAAACAUAGGUAUUAUAUAGACAGAUAUGUUGGUGUAUUAAAUCAAGGUAUUUGUGUACAAAAAUAUGGAUGGGAGUGGUGUCUUUUUUUGUAACAUUUUUCUUUUUUUUUGGGUGAAAUGGGAUUUUUAGGGGUCAUGGAUUGUUGGUAAUGGGAAGAAGUUAUAUUUAUUCCCCAAUUUAAACAUUAGAAUUUUGCUUGACUUUUGAAGUGGGCAACUGAUUUUAGGUUGCCUUUAUGUCUUGGGACUGUAAUGUUGAUGUUGCAGCACAC